AUGGGCAUCGUUCGUAGCCGUCUGCACAAGCGCAAGAUCACCGGUGGAAAGACGAAGAUCCACCGGAAGCGCAUGAAGGCUGAGCUCGGCCGCCUCCCGGCAAACACGAAGCUUGGCCCGCGCCGUGUGAGUCCCGUCCGCGCUCGUGGCGGCAACUUCAAGCUGCGCGGCCUCCGCCUGGACACCGGCAACUUCGCGUGGGGCACUGAGGCUGUCGCCCAGCGCGCGCGUAUCUUGGACGUUGUGUACAACGCCACCUCGAACGAGCUGGUGCGUACCAAGACGCUGGUGAAGAACUGCAUCGUCGUCGUGGACGCUGCACCCUUCAAGCUGUGGUACGCCAAGCACUACGGCAUCGACAUCGACGCCGCGAGGGGCAAGAAGGCCGCGCAGAAGACGACCGACAAGAAGAAGUCCAAGAAGGGCGCGCACGUCAUGACGGAGAAGUACGACGUGAAGAAGGCCUCCAACGAGCUGAAGCGCAAGUGGGUGUACCGCCGCCAGCACCACAAGAUUGAGAAGGCGGUGGCCGACCAGCUCAAGGAGGGCCGCCUGCUCGCCCGUCUCACCAGCCGUCCCGGUCAGACUGCACGCGCCGACGGUGCACUCCUGGAGGGCGCUGAGCUGCAGUUCUACCUGAAGAAGCUCGAGAAGAAGAAGCGGUAG